CUCCGCCGGGGACUGCAGCGGCGAGGCAAGUGUAGGAGGGAGAGCGGUGAUGACAGAGGAGAGGUGUGCCAAAGUGGAGCAGUAUGUUGGUGAGAUUAAAGGUGGCCUGAGACCAACCAUGAAGCUCACAGUCAUAGGCAUGGUACACGCCAAACCCAAGAGCUUUUCAGUAACCCUGCUCUGUGAUCCAGUGGAUGCCAACAAAGAUGUUGGGCUGUUAUUCACAGUUAACUUCAGUGAGAAAUCCAUCACUCGAAAUGCACGAAUUGCUGGGAAAUGGGGAAGAGAAGAGAAGACUAUUCCCUACUUUCCAUUUACAGCAGGCGACACGUUCAAGAUGGAGCUCUUAUGUGAACACCAGCAAAUACGAGUCUUGCUGGAUGGACGGCAGCUCUGCGACUUCACUCACCGCGUUCAGCCUCUGAACUUGGUGAAAGCUUUGCGGAUCUCAGGGGACAUCAAGCUUACCAAAGUGGCUUGA